CUUCAAGAUGCGUCUCACGGUCCCCGAAACCGGCGCUCUCCUCAGCACCCUCUUCUCUUUCGCUCUCGCCUCUGAUCCUCUUACGCUGUACCUCCCCGCGAAGCCGAACCCCUUCACCCUCCCGCCGUCCACCCACGCGACGCUCUCCUCCUCAGGCGUGCACUACUCUGCGCCGCUAUCUUCAGCCAACACCUUUGUGUUCCGAAACGUCACUCCCGGGUCGUACCUCGCUGAUAUCCACGCCCCGACCGACGCGUUCCACCCGCUGCGCAUCGACAUCCAGGUCGUUGAAGGCGCUGAGCACGACGUUGUCCAGGCGUGGGAGACUUUCCGCGGAAAUGACUGGGGAAACAAAGGUGAGGUUGUACCUGUGAAGGAGGGGAGCAAGGGGAGGGGAUUCGAGGUUAGGGCGAUUGGCUCCAAGAACUACUUUAUGGAGAGGCCGCAGUUCUCUGUCUUUUCUAUCCUCAAGAACCCCAUGAUUCUCAUGGCUCUUGUCAGUCUGGUUCUGCUGGUCGGCAUGCCCAAACUCAUGGACAGCAUGGACCCCGAGCUGCGCGCCGAGUUUGAAGCUCAGCAGAAGAACAGCCCCAUGAACGCCGUCAUGAAUGCGCAGGCUUCUGGAGAGAACCCUCUCACCAACUUCGACAUGGCUGCCUAUCUCGCUGGCUCCAACAAGAAGGAGGGCGGAAACAGCGGCAACAACGGCGGUGGCUCUUCAAAGAACCAGGGCGUGAGACGGUAAUGCACAUACAAGUUCGGAAUUGCAACCUGAUCACAAUGACACAAAACUAAGAGGUGGUGUUGUUGAGAGGCUUACAGUAUAUGACAUGAUAGAGAUUAUGAAACAACGGGCGUUGGAUGCCCUUGGCAAUGGAUAUCAUUAAUCAAUUUGGCCAUUCUACUUGAGUCAAUGGUUCUGCCCAAUAGAGGCCAAUUCUUCUGGAAUUCUAGUCAAACCCUUUGGUGUGGUUCAGUCAUAUGCUCAAUCCGAUACCCAAAUCCCUGCUACCCAUCGUGCAUUCAUCAAGUAAAAAGCCCAGCCAACCGCCAAUCCGAGACUCCAGUGAACCAUGUUCAUAAGUAAAUCGCAUGAGGGCGACUGGAUGAGAACAUCCCAGCUGUUGCCUUAGUCACCAAAGUCACCACCAUCAUCACCAUAGUCGGCUCCAUCUUCGAAACCAUCCUGGUAUGCCUCUUGAUCAUUGUCGUUGAUGGCAUCCGCAAUCAGGGCGCCACCGAGAAUACCGGCACCGGCACCGAGAGCAGCACCACCCAGCAUUCCCAUACCGCCACCGCCAGGCUUGCGACCAGCACUGUGGCCGCCGCCAAAGCCGCCGCCGUGACCACCUCCAUAACCACCGCCGUAGCCAGGAGCACCACCAUAACCACCAUAUCCACCGGGUGCGCCAUAGCCUUGUUGGCCGUAAUGAGGCUGAGCGCCGUAGCCCAUGGGAGGACCCUGUCCAGGAUAGCCUUGGGGUUGUUGGCCGUAAUACUGCUGCUGUUGUUGGUAACCACCUCCAUAGCCGCCACCAUGAGAACCGCUUUGAUGGCCUCCGGCCAUCUGCUUGCCCUUGCCCAGCAGUUUGCCUAGGAAGCCACCACCGCUCUUACUCCUCUCCCUCGGGGGAAGUUCUGCAGGAUAGGGACUGCCAGACUGCUGGGGAUAAGGACUGUUGCUCUGAGGAAAAGGGCUGUUGUUUUGAGGAAAAGGGCUAUUUGAGCCGCCGUAUCCAGCAGGGACAUCAGGGCCACCGGGGCCACCACGAGCGCGCGCAUCCUCCUCGGCCUGGAGUUUGGCUGCAAGCUUAGCAUCAUCUUCCUCGGUAGAAGAGGGGCCGCCGAUUGUCUGGUUGCGCUGGUCGUCAUAGGGGUUCUUUUUUGUGUCUGUCGGUACAGGGCCGUCGCCGGGCUGAUAUCCGGGAGGAGGGCCCGCGGGCGCAUCCUCACCGAUGGGGAAGACGGGAGCGGUAGGUUUCUCCCAUUGGGACUGUUUGGUGUAGAUGUUGACGUAGAACCAUUCCUUGUAUUGGUCGUUCCAUCGCACGGCCCAUCCGGCAGGGACCUCGGGGGCCUUGGGCGGGGGUGGGCCAGUUGGAGGAGCAAAGUCGUCCAUGGAAGAGAUGAUGCGAAGGGAGACUUUGGAGAUGGAUUCUCGUGGCGAUUGAGGACUCAGAUGAGGGAGAGUCGAUGAUGUAGGUUUAGGUACUAGAGGUAAUAGGUAGGUACCUGUAGGAUAAAGGUGAAUGAGGGAAAAGUAUUGUUUGACAAUG